GAUAUCACCUCCAGGAACAAGGUGAUCGCGCGAUCAUCAUCAUCAUCAUCGUCAUCAGCAUCGUGAGUGGAAGAUACUGGUGCAGCAGCGCUGCUAACCGCAAAACUAUCCGCCGUCCAUAUUCCGUCCAUCAACCCAAGGGCCACCACCAUCGAUAACCGUUUGUUUUGAGGCCAAAGACCUUUUCGUCCACGCGCUUACGGACACGCGUGUGUGGGGUGGACGCUGGACGGGCUGCUGCUGCUGCUGCUGCUGCUGCUGAUCCGCCGUGAGCCGCUUCGACGGGAUGAUGAGAUGAGCAGCUGAAGAACGCUCACCGCUUCUCAUCACACCACCAAUCAGUGGCUGCUCUAGGGACAGAGGCGGGCAAAAACACACACAAAAGGGCGCCAUCGCCCCGCGGUGGGUCGCCACGGGCAGUUGCAAUACGCUCCAUCGCGUCACGCGUCUGGUUUAACGAGCGCCAGAAUGGCACAGGCGCCGCAGCAACCGGGAACCGAUGGUACAGCGGUUGUGCGCAAUGAUCGACCACUCAGUCUUUACGACAAUCUGACGGCACCUGGUACUGGUGCUGGCGCUGCUGCCGUUGGCCGUACGAUACACUUCCCCGACAUACAGUUCCGGUUUGACGAGAGCAUUGGAGCGACCAUUCCUCCAUCGGUUGGGCAGACACUGGACCAGCAUCGCCGCUCGCAACACCGCAAUUCCGCCCGUUCCGACUUCUUCGGGCUGAGCAGUCCACUGGAACGUACGACGGUUGCUGACGAUCAGGAGGAACGCAAGGACGAUCAGAACGUUCGGACACCACCAGCACCAUCACCACCACCCGCACCCGCAUCCGCACCCACAGCAUCGUCAACUCCAGUGUCGGCAAAGACGACCGCCGCACCGACGACGACGGAUGAUGCGGUGGAUAUGUCCGUGCUCGAGGCAUCGGCAUCGCCGAAUUCGACCCAAUCCACCGUUCAGCUGUCCCCGGCCGAAUCCCCUGUCCUGCAGCAGCAUCAUCCUACCACACCGCGUUCAUCGCGCCCUAACUCUACCAUCAAAACGAUCACCAUUCAACUGCCGCCCGAUACGACCAUCCACCGUGGCAGUCCAUCCGAGGCCGUCUACAUGACGACGACCGUGCCGCAAAACUUCGCCAAAAAUGCCAGCACGCUGAUCGGGCGCCACAAACCGACCCGAAGCAGCCUUCGCCACAGCCGGAUGCUGUUGCAGAACAACAGCAAGGGGUACCAGCAGCAGCGUUACCAGCGUGGCAACUCGCUUAACCUGCGCCAUCUGCGGCUCAGCAAGGGCCUGAUGGUGCUGCAGAUACUGAUCGGGGCGCUGCUCAGCCUGAUCGGGCUCACGAUCAUGGUCUGGUCCCCGUCGACGCACACAAAGGACAACCCGUACUGGUCCGGGCUGACACUCAUCCUCUGCGGUACUCUGUUCCUCGUGUUGUUCGCCUUCAAGCGGUCUGACCGCCGGGCCGGGCUCGGCAAUGGUGGCAAGGAUCCGGCGACAACCGCCGAUCGGCCUGCUCCGAUGUCGCGCAACUGUUUCCGCGAGAACUGUUUUCAUGUGCUGCGGGUGAAUGCACUUGUCGUGCUGGUGCUCACCAUCUUCUUCACGCUGCUCGCCUUCAUCUAUGCACUCAUCCACGCGACCAACCUGUCUUCGCCCGAUCUGCGCUGCUUGCCCGAAUUUAGCUUCAACGUAAACGCGUCCACCUGCGUCUGCACGUUGGAUCCACACGCAUUACCGGAGGAACCGGCGGGGACCGGUGGUGAGCCAGGCCCGGUCAGUACCAAUCGAUCGCUAGAGGAGGACGGUCAUCGGCUGGAGUACCGCGAUUUCAACUGCAACGAGGUGCUAGGCAUCUGGUAUUACGUGACGAUCGUGUCGACGGUGCUCAAUAGCCUUGGUUGCCUCCUGGCUGCCAGCUUUCUCCUUAUCUAUGGCAUUGAGUGUAUGCGCCGUGACGGCAUCGACCAUCCGCCGCCAGUGCUUCUAAGGAAGACCAACGGGGAAAAUGCACCAGCUAGGGAUGGCGAGAAGUUCAGCGGCGAGUCAGAGAGUAAUCAGCCACUGCUGGCGACCGUUCGUAUUCUCGACACCCAUCGAGUCGAAGGUAGGGCAGAUGUCGCCCAGCAAGACUCGAUUGCACGUGCACGGAAAGGAAACGAUCAGGAAUUGCCCCCCUAACUAGAGCCAUUGGCUUUAAACCGCGCUACACAGUUUGCCUGCUAGGCAUCUCUUUCUCCGACAGUAUUACACUAACAUUAUAUUUGUGCUCUAGUAAUAUAGGGAUGUUAUUGGCUUUUUAUGUUUUCCCAGCUUAAAAAGCCAAUAACAUCCCUCAUUAUUCCAGCAAACACCGCUACAUAAUAUUACAUAAUCCAGCAAUUAUCGCU